GGGGGGCAGCCAGCGCUCUAGCCCGUAAACUUCUCUCUUCUCUCCUGUUGAUCAGUCAUCGCUGCCUGCCCAGAACCAGACCAUGGUGAGUGAGUCCGCUGCCUCCCAUGAUGGGUGUAUAUGGGGUUUCAGAGAUGAUGAGUCAUUUUACAACUGUACAGGGGGUGAAAUAAUUGACAGAAUUGUGAGGGGAGUAUACUACCCACCAGCAAUAGGUAAGUAUCAUGUGGUUCCAGAGGUGUUGUGUCAUGAUUGUAUAUGGGUUUAUUAAUUCAUACGUGUAUUGUAUUGUAUUGUAUUGUAUUGUAUUGUAUUGUAUUGUGUGAACUCUGAUUUGGAAUUAUUUACUGUAGCUGUGUGGGCCUGUUGGGGAUUUUCUGUUGUACACCUCACAUGUAACAUGGGCCACAAAUGUAGUAAGGAAUAUCACAACCAAAGGUUUCUGAUAUUGGGGGGAAACAUGUUCACAUGCGUCAAAGAUGAUUGAUUUUCAUAUUUAUCUGCAGACUACCUACACAGAUAAAGGGGAGAAGGUAAGUCCAUCAUCAUCAUCAUUUCUACAAAACACUUUAGUCGUUUUGAAAGGAAACAAAAUGUAAAAGGAUCUUGAGUUGAUGAUGAAAUGGGGAGAAAUAUGACGUUCUCUGGCUCCUUGGGUUACAACUUCUGUUUUAAUGAGAAAUGAACAACAAAAUGACCAACCCUCCAUAUGGAGGGGAUUUUGCAAAUAUACUAUUUUUGAUACAAUAUUUGUUUAUCCUUUUCACCUUUAGCCCGAGAAGGGAAAAUUUGUAAAGUUCCACCAUGUUACCUUCUGGGUGGGCAAUGCCAAACAGGUGAGUCUUUAAACACAGGUCCUCCCCGAAGCUAAACGGAGACUUGUCAAGUUAUCCAUCAUAUCUGAUCACAUCCACAAUAUCUCAUCAUAUGCUGUAUGCUUUUGACAUGGCAUGACAACUUAUUAGAGGUAAUAUCACAUUCUCAGCCUCACAAUGAGCGAUACUGAAGCACGUAUGAGAGCUCGACAACAUGCACAGCAGGAUAACAUGUUGUCCUGAAUGGACCUUGCUUUCUAAAGGGAGACUCACUCAGGUCAUUGCUCUUAUGCUAGUUGACAUUGGCCUUUCUCUGUGAAACUAACUGAGGUAACGGUUCAGAACUGAAAACAUGUACCUGAACUUACAAGCCUUUUACAGCCAUAUACUGAACUGACAAAUGGACUACUGUAGUAACAACCAGGGUUGGGUCAUUUAUAAUUUAAAUAAGUCAAUACAGGAAGUGAUUUGAAUUUAAAAUUCAAAAAUUGAUUAAAAAAAAAAAAAAAACAGCUUCUCCUUUUCGGUUUUUGAGAAGUUAUUGAAAAUAUAUGACAUUUUUUCCAAUGAUUGAAUGGGAAUUUCAGUUUUUUUUCCUGAAUUGACUGACUUCAAUUAGAAUUGACCCCAACCCUGUUGACAACCAUGUAUCAUAUCUGUAAUAGUUGACUUAAUCUUUGCGGACCCAGAGAGGCAACAGGAGGGUGUUUACUGGUUAAACAAAAGUUGGCAACUACAAAGGCUUAAAAGUUAACGUAAAAGUUCAUUCAACCAUACUACGAAAGCAUACGGGUCACAUGCUACGCACAGGGUUGAGCAAUCACGCACAGUGUAAUCCCAGGGUCAACAUCUUGUGUAAGUCAAUUUUCCAAAUGUUCGUAAAACUUUAUUUGAUGGGUACCUACAUAAGAACUUCAUAACACAUAUUGUCUGUUUAUGAAUGUGUUGUGUAUGGGUUAUUAAUGUGUUGUGUAUGGGUUAUGAAUGUGUUAUGUAUGGGUUAUUCAUGUGUUAUGUAUGGGUUAUUAAUGUGUUAUGUAUGGGUUAUGAAUUUGUUAUGUAUGGGUUAUUAAUGUGUUAUGUAUGGGUUAUUAAUGUGUUAUGAAAUCCUUAUGUAUUCUCUGUGCAGGCGGCUGUGUUCUACUGUGACAAGAUGGGCUUUGAGCCAGUGGCCUACAAGGGUCUGGAGACCGGCAGCCGAGAGGUGGUGUCUCAUGUCAUCAAACAGGAUAAGGUAGCACACGCCAUCUCAUACCCACUUCUGGACACAUAGAACCGGUUUCUCUGACCCAUAUUAAGCCUAAUCCUAGACUAAAAAUAAAUAUCCAUUGAAAGUCUUCUUAGUCCAUGACUAGGCAAGGCUGUGUCUGGGAAACUGGCCCAUGGUUGGUCUCGAGCUUUUAACACUCCAACCUUGACUGACUUUAACACCUUCAUCAGAUGAAGUAUUGACCAGGUUGUUCUUUAUUCCUCACCCAGAUAUUUUUUGUCUUCGAAUCUGCUCUGAAUCCAGGAAAUGAAGGCAGGUUUUCUUCUCAAAGUCGACAUCUUUAAAAGGCUCCAUUUCUGAUAUAGAGACCACCAGUCAGUCAUAUAAGUUUAUGUUUCAAAAUAGUUUUAUUUUCUCUCAGAAAUGGGAGAACACUUGAUGAAGCAUGGGGAUGGGGUCAAAGACAUUGCUUUCCAAGUGGAGGACCUUGAAUUCUUAAUCAAGGUAAGUAAAAAAGUACUUGAAGACCUAAUGUAACCUUAUUCAACCUUUUAUCUGUUAGUUUCAAGGGUGGUGGGUAGAGGCUAAUCUCAGUCCUCAAAAACAAAGUAAACAACACACUAUUCUAAUAUAACUCAAAGAAAAUGAAACCAGUCCUGGUUAUAAUCUACUUGCCAUGGAGUUCAUCCCAUUCUUUUCAUUAAAUGUAUAAGUAAGUAAGUAUGAAAAAUGUAUGCACUCACUAACUGUAAGUCGCUCUGGAUAAGAGCGUCUGCUAAAUGACUAAAAUGGAAAUGUAAAAAAAAUGGUGGAUAGAGUGGAGGGUGGUGGGUAGAGGGUGGAGGGUGGAGGGUGGUGGGUGGUGGGGGUGGGAGGGUAGAGGGUGGAGGGGUGGAGGGUGGAGGGGGAGGGGGUGGGGGGUGGUGAGGGGGGGAGGGUGAGGAAGAGGGUGGAGGGGGGGAGGGGGGGAGGGUGGGGGUAGGGUGGAGGGGGGAGGGUGGAGGGUGGAGAGGGGGAGGGUGGAGGGUAGAGAGGGUGGAGGGAGGGUGGUGGGGGUGAGGGUAGAGGGGGUGGGUGGUGAGGGGUGGAGGGUGGGGGUGGUGAGGGUAGAGGGUGGAGGGUAGAGGGGUAGAGGGGGAGGGUGGAGGGAGGGUGGGGGUGGGGGGGGGGUGGUGGGUGGUGGGUGGUGGGUGGGGGUAGAGGGUGGAGGGGGGGUGGAGGGUGGAGGGUAGAGGGUGGAGGUGGAGGGGGGGGUGGAGGGUGGAGGGUGGAGGGGGGGGUGGGGGUGGGGGUGGGGGGGGAGGGUGGAGGGGUGGAGGGUAGAGGGGGGGUGGUAGAGGGUGGAGGAUAGAGGGUGGAGGGUGGAGGGUGAGGGUGGAGGUGGGAGGGUGGAGGGUGAGAGGGUGGGGGAGGGUGGGGUGGGGUGGUGGGUGGGGGGUAGGUAGAGGGUGGAGGGUGGAGGGGGAGGAGGGGUAGUUGGAGAGGUGGAGGGAGGGAGUGGGGGGGAGGGGGGGAGGGGUAGAGGGUGGGGGAGGGUGGGAGGUGGGGGAGAGGGUGAGGGGAGGGGGGGGGGAGGGGUGGAGGGUGGAGGGGUGGAGGGAGGGUGGUGGUAGAGGGUAGAGGGGGGAGGGGGAGGUAGAGGGGGAGGGGGGGUGGGUGGUGGGGGGGUAGAGGGUGGAGGGUGGAGGGGUAGAGGGGUAGAGGGUGAGGAGGGUGGAGGGUGGAGGGUGGGGUGGGGUGGUGGGGUGGUGGGUGGUGGGGUAGAGGGUGGUGGUUAGAGGGUAGAGGGUGGAGGGUAGAGGGUAGAGGGUGGUGGGUAGAGGGUGGAGGGUGGAGGGUGGAGGGUGGUGGUUAGAGGGUGGAGGGUAGAGGGUGGUGGGUGGAGGGUGGAGGGUAGAGGGUGACCUUUCGGUUACUGGCCCAACGCUUUUAACCGCUGGGCAGGACUGAAUGCCACAGAUGAACCUGGUACCCUGUCUGUCCCUCUUCUAGGUUAAACAGAGGGUUUGAAUGAACUCUGCUCUGGGUCCAAUGCCCCAAGGGAAAGCUGAUAAUUUAACAAAGAGGUAUUUCUACCUAUAACCAAAAGGGGAAGGGAGAAGGAAGCAAGCUGACAGUGUCGUGUCUUAGUCAAAGUGUCUGGAGCUGUGUGGUGGAGUGAUAACAAGUUAGGUGCUUUCUUGGUAACGUGUCCUGGGUAUUUGUCCCCUUGUAAACUGAGUUAUGGAACUGUUUUUGCAGAAGCUAAAGAGCGAGGGGCGGUGGUGGUCAAGGAGCCUUGGAUUGACCAAGAUAGCCACGGCAAAGUCAAGUACGCUGUCUAGGACGGUGGGUGAGUGGGGCGAAGAGAGGGACAGGAGAGAGGAGCGAGCGAGAGAGAGAAGAGAGAGAGAGAGAGAGAGAGAGAGCGAGAAGAGGAGGAGAGAGAGAGAGAGAGAGAGAGAGAGAGAGAGAGAGCUCUCCUCUCUCUCUCCUCUAUCUCUCCUCUCUUCUCUCUCUCUCUCUCUCUCUCUCUCUCUCUUCAACCUAGUCUCUCUCUGUCACAUACUGUAAAUACGUUUGACCUGAUGCAGUUGAGGUACUGUAAUUCAUAAUGAAUAGCUUGCCUUACCCAUCUUCCCCUAGUAUGGGGAUACAACACACACUCUCAUUGAGUACAUGGGACCCUACAAAGGUUUGUUUCUGCCCGGAUACAACACACCUAUGGUAAAGGACUGCCUGCUACCCACACUGUGAGUUUCAAUCACACAUGAUGAUUUCUAAAAGCAGUGUUUCAAUUUUCUCUCAUCAUAAUUCAACACAAACCGGUAACAGUUGUAUAGCCUCAAGUCACUGGUUGUUUUUUGUAUGCUUUUGACAGCUCAGCCAGAUCUCGUACGCAACAGUCACAGUCAGACAUACUCACCCCAACUAUCUCUCUCCAGGCCGCCAGGACUUCUGAACUUCAUCGAUCACAUUGUGGGAAACCAGCCAGACGAUGCAAUGGUUCCCGUGUCAGACUGGUGAGGUUCCCUACAGCUCGCACAUACACAGCUGGCAGCGCAUCGAGACAGAGGAGAACGGGGGAAGAGAAACGUCUAGGGCCGCUGUGCUCGCACAUACACAGCUGGCAGCGCAUCGAGACAGAGGAGAACGGGGGAAGAGAAACGUCUAGGGCCGCUGUGCUCGCACAUACACAGCUGGCAGCGCAUCGAGACAGAGGAGAACGGGGGAAGAGAAACGUCUAGGGCCGCUGUGCUCGCACAUACACAGCUGGCAGCGCAUCGAGACAGAGGAGAAAGGGGGAAGAGAAACGUCUAGGGCCGCUGUGCUCGCACAUACACAGCUGGCAGCGCAUCGAGACAGAGGAGAAAGGGGGAAGAGAAACGUCUAGGGCCGCUGUGCUCGCACAUACACAGCUGGCAGCGCAUCGAGACAGAGGAGAACGGGGGAAGAGAAACGUCUAGGGCCGCUGUGCUCGCACAUACACAGCUGGCAGCGCAUCGAGACAGAGGAGAAAGGGGGAAGAGAAACGUCUAGGGCCGCUGUGCUCGCACAUACACAGCUGGCAGCGCAUCGAGACAGAGGAGAACGGGGGAAGAGAAACGUCUAGGGCCGCUGUGCUCGCACAUACACAGCUGGCAGCGCAUCGAGACAGAGGAGAAAGGGGGAAGAGAAACGUCUAGGGCCGCUGUGCUCGCACAUACACAGCUGGCAGCGCAUCGAGACAGAGGAGAACGGGGGGAAGAGAAACGUCUAGGGCCGCUGUGCUCGCACAUACACAGCUGGCAGCGCAUCGAGACAGAGGAGAAAGGGGGAAGAGAAACGUCUAGGGCCGCUGUGCUCGCACAUACACAGCUGGAAGCGCAGUCGAGACAGAGGAGAAAGGGGGAAGAGAAACGUCUAGGGCCGCUGUGCUCGCACAUACACAGCUGGCAGCGCAUCGAGACAGAGGAGAAAGGGGGGAAGAGAAACGUCUAGGGCCGCUGUGCUCGCACAUACACAGCUGGCAGCGCAUCGAGACAGAGGAGAAAGGGGGGAAGAGAAACGUCUAGGGCCGGCUGUGCUCGCACAUACACAGCUGGAAGCGCAUCGAGACAGAGGAGAAAGGGGGAAGAGAAACGUCUAGGGCCGCUGUGCUCGCACAUACACAGCUGGCAGCGCAUCGAGACAGAGGAGAAAGGGGGAAGAGAAACGUCUAGGGCCGCUGUGCUCGCACAUACACAGCUGGCAGCGCAUCGAGACAGAGGAGAAAGGGGGAAGAGAAACGUCUAGGGCCGCUGUGCUCGCACAUACACAGCUGGCAGCGCAUCGAGACAGAGGAGAAAGGGGGAAGAGAAACGUCUAGGGCCGCCGUGCCUUUCAUAAACACGCCGCAGGUUCACAGAAAUCCAGCACAGGAAGCACUGGGGUUAGGUUUACUCUUAUGUGAGAAAAUAAAAGCAGUCAAGAUAAGGAAGAGGAAGACAUUUAAAUCCUUAAGAGUCUAUGACGCACCCGUGCGUCAAUGUAAGAAACAUAUUUUUUUUUAAAUCCCCAUCAAAAUCCGUCAGUUUAAGCUAGAGAUAUCUGUUUUUUGCCUGGGCUGCGUCUCAAUUCACAGCAUCAGCCCCUCCGCAUCUGCGGUGGAAGGUGGCCGAGCUACAGCGGUGUUUGUCAGACCAUGAGACAUCCCGAAAAAAUCGGUCUUCUCACGAAAACAUCUGUAGCGUCCAAACGGCUUGGCCUAAAAAAAAACUCAUAUGACCACUCUGUGGAAAGAUGAGACUCUCGCGAACACGAUGACCCUAAGCCUAUCCUGUGUGUUAAGGCCAUUGAGACCCAUAGGUUGAGAGAUACACUGAUAGUUAAUGAACCACACUCACCAUCCACUGUCUCCAGGUAUCAGAACUGCUUGAUGUUCCACCGGUUCUGGUCGAUAGAUGACAAACAGAUCCACACGCAGUACAGCGCCCUGAGGUCCAUCGUAGUGACCAACUAUGAGGAGACCAUCAAGAUGCCAAUCAACGAACCUGCCCCUGGCAAGAAGAAGUCGCAAAUCCAGGUCUGACCCCUGACCUUUAACCUCUGUGUGUGUGUGUGUGUGUGUGUGUGUGUGUGUGUGUGUGUGCGUGUGUGUCACAGGAGGCUGCUGAGGGGAGGACGGCUCAUAAUAAUGGCUGGAAUGGAGUAAAUGGAGUGGUAUCAAACACCAUGGAAACCAUGGAAACCAUGGAAACCACGUGUUUUAAGUGUUUCAUACCAUUCCAUUGAUUCUGUUCCAGCAAUUACUAUGAGCCUGUCCCUUGAUUAGGUCUCAACUAAAUCAAAUCAAAUCCAAUUUUAUUUGUCACAUGCUUACUAAACAACAGGUGUAGACUAACAGCUUACUUACGGCCCUUCCCAACAAUUCAGAGAUAAAAAAGAUAAAUAAUAGAAAAAUAGGAGUCGUGAUGCUGCGAAGCAGGGUGGUUGUCUGAAAGGAGCGAUAAAAUGCUCCCAAAUUUCCACAAAGUUCGAUAGAAUUUAGUAUAAUUGUUUUUUGAGGGGUAAUUAACUUUUAUUUGUUUUAUCAACGUUUUUCAACAAUGUAUGCGUUGAAUUCAGCUUCAACGCGUACACGUAGCACGAUCGCUAGCGCAGCGGCUAACAGGGCUAGCUCUGUUGCUAGCGCUUCAGCAAGCGUGACGUUGAAACGGCAGAACAUAGAACCCAGCUCGUUGUCGGCCUUGCAAUCAUCCCUACAGAAGGCCAUGGAAGAAAUGGGUACCAAGUCAGCACCAUUCUUGAAUCUCUUGAAUCGAAUGUCUCUCAGGUCAAGAAAUCUCAGAUGGAUAUGCAAGAAGAUGUAUCAGUCAUAUUACAGAGGCUAGAUGAGACAGCGGGUCGGAUAUCAACACUGGAGGACAACCAACUGAUCAAGAAAGCCGAGAAGAAUGCCAAACUGUAUGAGGAUUUUCACAGGCUGCAAGAUAUCAUUCUUUCCCGAUAUGACCAAGGAGCUGGUGGAUAAAAGGAGGCUUUUUUACCGCAACAAGGAAGAGGCUGCAUGAGUUGGAUGUACGUUUCACACUCGCCUACCCAGCUGUGCUACGCUUUACAUGGAAGGGGGAGAGACAGAGCGCCAAUGACUAUCGCAAGGCGAUGGAAUUCCUCAAGAAAAACUCAAGAGGACCAGAAAUCAGGGCAUGGAUGGCGAAGUCAUAUUGGCGGGUGAGUUCUAUAUGGGACAGUGUUUAUGUGGCACACAAAGACAAUUCGGCAGACUAAUAGCUACAGUACCACUAUUUCAGACUGUAUAGCUACAAUGCUAUUUUUGUCACUGGAGGUUUAGCCGGUUGGCUACUCAGUUGCCUGGUCAAAAACGACCCCUAAGCAAAGAUUGCGGUUAAUUAAGUAGAUGGAACCAACGGCCUGAAAGGAAAAUAGGAAGGUAACAUAAGGUUGAAUGUUAAUAGAUUAAUAAAUUAAAAGUACUGUAUUUAUUUUAAUUGAUCUGAUUUGAAAUGGGUUCAUAGAAGACGUACUGAAGUGGCAGCCCCUUUCCCUAGAAGCGGAGACGGCAUUCGAUAGGUUGGAGUGGGGCUUUUUUGACACAUACCCUUGAAAAGUUUGGCUUUGGCCCCUGGAUUUAUCAAGUGGGUUAAGGUAUUAUACUCCAAUCCAAGAGCAGCAAUCCUCACAAAUGGUAUGAUCUCUUCCUUUUUGUAUUUUUUUCGAGGUUGAACCCAGCAGGGAAGUCCUCUCUCACCUCUCCUCUUUACUCUAUUUAUGGAGCCCUUGGCAGCAGCAACCAGAGCUGAUUCAGGAAUCAAAGGAGUGAUGGGAGGUGCCAGAGAGCAUAAGCUGUUUUUAUACGCUGACGACAUAUUGUUACUUAUUAGGGAACAGGUCACUUCAAUCCCGUUGGUUUUGAACACAAUUGACAUGUUCUCACAGAUAUCUGGUUAUAAGAUUAAUUGGCAGAAGUCAGAGGCUAUGCCUGUUUCCAAAUUCUGUCCUCCUGUUGCAAUUACCUCAUUACAGUUAAAAUGGGUGCCAUCAGGGAUGAUAUACCUGGGUAUAAGACUGAGCAACGAACUACAGAAUAUCAUGCAAAUGAAUAUGAUGCCACUACUACAAAAAAAAAAAGAAUAAUCUUGAUAAAUAUAGGUUGCUUUAUCUUACUUUAUGGGGCAAAAUAAAUACUGUUAAAAUGGUUGUGGCACCACAUUUAAAUUGUGUCCAUGAUGCUCCCUGUGACCAUUUCUCCCUUACUAUUUAAGCAGUACAAUCAAAUGAUUAAGGAUUAUUUUUGGGAUGGGAAAACCCCCAGAAUAAAUGUGAACAAGUUAUAUGCUCCAAGGGAUAAAGGAGGACUAGCAGUACCCAAUGUAGAACUAUACAACAUAACAUUUGAAGUAGCCAAAUUGGCCAGACACUUGGGCAAUUAUGAUUCCCAUUUGGGAUGGACUCAGAUUGAGAGGUCGAUCACGGCCCCGUUUAAGCUUAUUGAGGCCUUAUCACAAAAAAUUAUUCAGAGACCGCCAACUGAAGAGGCUAACCCAAUCCUACAACAUUCCCGAGAGGUAUUGGUUAAGAUUCAUAAAAUGCUUGGAAUUUCCCAGUAUAAACAAACAUAUUCUUCCAUAUGGCACAGCCCAUCCGUUUACGUAGGAAAACAUUCAUUUAUCUGGGAGGUAUGGAUUCGACAAGGCCUGCAUGCACUAGAGGAUCUAUAUGAGAAAGGAGUGCUUAUGUCCUAUCAGGACCUGAAGGAGACAUUUAAUUAUCCAGAUAAGGGAGAUCUCUGGAAAUACUUACAACUAAGGAGCUGCAUGGGGUCUCUUAUGAGUAUUAACCUCCAGAGAGAUGAAAACUUGUUACAACAAUAUUUCAUGUUACCAGAAAUAUCACACUCCGCUUCAGUGUUUUUAUAAAAGAGUCUCAUAUGCACAAUAUGGAAACUGUGAGAAUUUAAGGUUGAUUUGGCAAAGGGAUCUUAAUUGUGACAUUGAGGUGGAUGUAUGGAAAAAUAUUGUUUCCAAUGUAGGGAGGUGUGCCAGGUAUACAAGGGGUACAUCUACACAUUAUAAGAUUGUUCAUAGAUAUUACUGCACCCCUACUAGAUUACAUAAAAUGGGUUUAUUGCUAAAUAAUUUAUGCUGGAAAUGCAAGGGUGAAGUAGGUACCUUUUUGCAUGCUAUAUGGGAAUGUCACAUGGUGCUCCCUUUCUGGAAGGAGGUUCUUAAUAAGCUUGAAGAAUGGGUGGGACAGCCUAUCCCAGAGUCCCCACUGCUCUGCUUAUUAGGGGAUAUAUCUAUUUUACCACCAGGUAUUAGCAAAGAAGAGUGUGGUCUUGCCUCAGUGGGGUUUCUUACGGCGGCUAGACUCAUACUACGUAACUGGAGGAGAGCGCAGAUAGUCCGAAAUCAACAAACUCAUGGUGGAGACCGCAUCUUAUGAAUCAAUGAUAGCGAAAUUACAGGAGAGGAAAGGGAAAUUUAGUGUGAUAUGGGAACACUGAAUUAUAUAAGGAACUGGACGUGUGGGUGAGAAGCUAGGGUUUAAGUUAGUGUAAUGGAUUUUUAAUAAUAAAAUACUGUCACGUUCGCUUAAGGAGGAGGACCAAUGCGCAGCGUUGAAUGCGUACAUAUUAUUUAUUAAACAGAUCACCCGAUCAAAACAACGAACGAAACGUGAAGUCCUUCGAUACACACAAACCAAAAGGAACAAGAAACCACAACACAAAGUGAAAAGACCGAUAGUUAAAUAUGGCUCCCAAUCAGAGACAACCAGCUGACACUCGUUGCCUCUGAUUGGGAGUCACUCAGGCCAACAUAGAUAUACAAACAUAGACUUACACACCCUGGCUCAACAUAACAUAGUCCCCAGAGCCAGGGCGUGACAAAUACACAAGAAUGCAGCUAUAUAGAGGGAGUCCAAAUCAAUGUGGAGCUAUAUACAGGAAGUACCAGUACCAGAUCAAUGUGGAGCUAUAUACAGGGAGUACCAGAUCAAUGUGCAAAGAUAUGAGGUAUUUGAGGUAGAUAUGUACAUGAAGGCAGGGUAAAGUGACUAGGCAUCAGGAUAGAUAAUAAUAAGGUAUUUGAGGUAGAUAUGUACAUGAAGGCAGGGUAAAGUGACUAGGCAUCAGGAUAGAUAAUAAUAAGGUAUUUGAGGUAGAUAUGUACAUGAAGGCAGGGUAAAGUGACUAGGCAUCAGGAUAGAUAAUAAUAAGGUAUUUGAGGUAGAUAUGUACAUGAAGGCAGGGUAAAGUGACUAGGCAUCAGGAUAGAUAAUAAUAAGGUAUUUGAGGUAGAUAUGUACAUGAAGGCAGGGUAAAGUGACUAGGCAUCAGGAUAGAUAAUAAUAAGAGUGAAAUGAAGAACAGAGUAGCAGCAGCAUAUGAUGAGUGUAAAAGUGUGUGUGUGUGUGUGUGUGUGUGAUGUAUAUGUAGGUGUGUUUGUGUUGUGUCGGUCUGCUUGUGUGUGUUACGUGUGUUUGGGCGUAUGAAGCGUAUGUGAUUGUGUGUUGGUUUUGUGUGGGAGUGUCAGUGUAAUGUGUGUACAGUAUAUAUAGUCUAGUGAGUGUGUGUGUAGGGUCAGUCCAAGAUAGAGUCAGUGCAGAUAGUUUGGGUACCAUUAAUUGACUAUUUAGCAGUCUGGUGGCUUGAGGUUUGAGGCGGACGCUCCGGUACCUUUUGGAACAGUCUAUGACUUGGGUGGCUGGAGUCUUUGGCAAUUUUUCAGACAUUCCUCUGACACCGCCUGGUAUAGAGGUCCUGGAUGGCAGGGAGCUCGGCCCCAGUGAUGUACUGGGCUGUCCGCAGCACCCCUUGUAGCGCCUUGCGGUCGGAUGCCAAGCAGUUGCCAUACCAAGCAGGGGAUGCAGUCAGUCAAGAUGCUCUCAAUGGUGCAGCUGUAUAACGUUUUGAGGAUCUGAGGGCCCAUGCUGAAUCUUUUCAGCCUCCUGGGGGGGAAGAGGCGUUGUCGUGCCCUCUUCACGACUGUGUUGGUGUGUGUGGACCAUGAUCAUUCAUUAGUGAUGUGGACACAGAGGAACUUGAAGCUCUCGACCUGCUCCACUUCAGCCCUGUCAAUGUGGAUGGGGGCGUGCUCGGCCCUCCAUUUCCUGUUGUCCACGAUCAGCUCCUUUGUCUUGCUGAUGCUGAGGGAUAGGUUGUUGUCCUGGCACCACACUGCCAGGUCUCUGACCUCCUCCUUAUAGGCUGUCUCAUCAUCGUCGGUGAUCAGACCUACCACCGUUGUCGUCGGCAAACUUAAUGAUGGUGUUGGAGUCGUGCUUGGCCACGCAGUCGUGGGUGAACAGGGAUUACAGGAGGGGACUGAGCACGCACCCCUGAGGGGCCCCCGUGUUGAGGAUCAGAUGUGUUGUUGCCUACCCUUACCACCUGGGGGCGGCCUGACAGUAAAUUUAGGAUCCAGUUGCAGAGGGAGCUGUUUAAUCCCAGGAUCCUUAGUUUAGUGAUGAGCUUGAACGACGCUAUGGUGUUGAGUCUUAGUGCCAGCAUCAGUUUGUGGUGGUAAAUACACAGCUACGAAGAAUAUAGAUGAAAACUCUCUUUGUAGAUAGUGUGGUCUACAGCUUAUCAUGAGAUACUCUACCUCAGGCGAGCAAAACCUUGAGACUUCCUUUAUAUUACCAGCUCUAACUAUCCGCCUGUGGUGUAUGAGUGUGUGUGUCAGUAUUUUAACUUGAUUUAACUUGAUUUCAACAGGAGUAUUGCGACUACAAUGGAGGGCCUGGUGUCCAGCACAUCGCCCUGAACACAUCAGACAUCAUUCAAGCCGUAAGUCAAUCACAUAUUUUCUGAUGAGGAAAGAAAUACAAUGUUACUGUGCCUUCAGAAAGUAUUCAUGCCCCUUAUUCCACAUUUUGUUGUUACAUGCAACUUAUUAUGUGACUUGUUAAACACAUGUUUACUCCUGAACUUAUUUAGGCUUGCCAUAAAGGGGUUGAAUACUUAUUGACUCAAGACAUUUCAACUUUUCAUUUUGUAUUAAUUUGUAAACAUUUUGAAAAAAUAAAUCCACUUUGACAUUAUGGGUUAUUGUGUGUAGCGGUUACCCAACAAUCUCAAUAUAAUCAAUUUUAAAUGCAGGCUGUAACACAACACAAUGUGGAAAAAGUCAAGGGGUGUGAAUACUUUCUAAAGGCCCUGUAUAUCAGUUGAAUAUUUACAAUCCAUACAGAUCCAUUGCUUUAACGGAGACAUUCUAAGUAAGCAAGCACAGGCAAGGCUGUAUACUCCAUACAGCUAUGUAUCAGGGAAAGGCAAGGCAUUGGAAAUACUGCAGAACCAUCAGCUUCAUCCAUUUCGUCUUCUCUUGAGCUAAGCAUGUAGUGACAGGCUUAAGAUAAUUGAACCCCGUCUUUAAACAGAUCGUGAACCUCCGAGCCCGGGGGAUGGACUUCCUGGCGGCCCCUGACGCUUACUAUGAGAGCCUGAGGAAGAACCUCAAGACAUCCAAGAUCAAGGUGAAGGAGGACCUCAAGAGGCUACAGGUGAAUCGAGCGUCAUGUCUUUAAUCACGUACUGGGGGGCUCUUUCUCAAUUCGUCUUUUCUCCUCGAUUCCUCUCAUCCUCUCUUCUCGCUUCCUUCUCAAAAGUCCUUGGUUCCUACCCCUCUGACCUUCUCCUCGUUUUAAGAAGCAGGCCGCAAGGUAUCGAGGACAGACAACUUGAGGAAGAGCCCGUGUGUGAUCUAAAUCAGAGCUGAUACUUUUUUGCUCAGUGUCCUGAUCUCCUUAUUAAUUAUCUCUGUCUGUCUUGGCUGAGUCAAGGAACUGAAAAUCUUAGUCGACUUCGAUGACAAGGGCUACCUGCUUCAAAUCUUCACCAAACCUGUGCAGGACCGACCAACCCUUUUUCUGGAAGUCAUUCAGCGUCACAACCACUUUGUAAGUAUAUCAGAUAUUUGGAGACCAGAGGUCAAUUAGCUUUUCCUCUGAUUAUGAGGGAUCCCCAAAUACUUUUCAUUUAAAAACCACAGAUGCCGGAUUAAAACUACCUAUAAAAGUGGCCCGGUUUCACUUGUAUACGAGUGGCGCAUUGGUCUAAUGCACUGCAUCGCAGUAUUAGCUGUGCCACUAGAGAUCCUGGUUCGAAUCCAGGCUCUGUCGUAGCCGGCCGCGACCGGGAGACCCAUGGGGCGGCGCACAAUUGGCCCAGCGUCAUCCAGGGUAGGGGAGGGAAUGGCCGGCAGGGAUGUAGCUCAGUUGGUAGAGCAUGGCGUUUGUAACGCCAGGGUUGUGGGUUCGAUUCCCACAGGGGGCCAUUAUGGAAAAAAGUAUAAUUUAAAAAAUGUAUGCACUCACUAACUGUAAGUCGCUCUGGAUAAGAGCGUCUGCUGAAUGACUAAAAUGUAAAUGUAAAUUUAAUACUACCCCUUUAUAGGGGGAUUGUAGGUCUAUAAAACCGGCAACACGUGUGUCCGUGCGCUCGUGUGUUAACACCUGUUUACGGCUCCCACCCAGGGCACAAACACAACACAGCUAUAAAGGAUCAGUCAAUCUAUCACAGAUGCAGAUUAAAGACCAACUGUAGCAGAGAGAGAGCUGGAACUGAGCAAGAGUUGUGGAUUGGGUUUCACCCUGUGGCACUUUGUUUGGUUUCUAACCAAGCCCCCCCCCCCCCCGACUCACUACCUGUUAGAACAGGCUCCAUCAAGGCGUUGGCGUUUCACAGUCUAGUGAUGUGGACAGGAUUGGUUAUGCCUGAAACUCAAAACAUUUAGCUACACUACCACCAAAGGAACUGUGGGAGAAACCACCAACACUUUCUUGGUCUUUACCGUCUUUGUCUUUUUUAUUACACUUUAAAGAUAUCGACAUGAUUUUCUUGGAGAUCAUAAAUUAAAUGUACCGUUCUGAGACGAGCUGGCGUUUGAACAUAAAUCUCUGGGGGGGCGGUGUUUAAGUGUUUAGCCUCGGUCUCAGGAAGUCAACACCAAAGACAUUAAAGCCGAAUCACAGACCUUCAUCCUUUACAAUAACCAAAAGCUGUCAGUGAGUUCAUCCCUUCAGCCAUUACAAAUAACACAGAAUGAGGCGGGAAUAAGAUCUCCGAGCUAAUGUAAAAAACAGAGCUUUAAUAAAUACAUUUCAUUGAUUGACUGAGAUGGACCCCUGCUUUUUUAUCUCACCACAGGGCUUCGGGGCAGGAAACUUCAAGUCUCUGUUCGAGGCCAUUGAGAAGGACCAGGAUGCCAGGGGCAACCUCACCGUUUAUAACUAAUAUCACACCACCGUUGUAUGGCUGCACCAAUGAAGCCAAGUUAAUGUGUUGUACUGAAUGUUCAAUGUUGUAUGGCUUUGCUUAAAGAGAUUUAGAACGGAGAUUUAGCACCUAUUUUGAUCAAUGUAUGGGACAAGUUGUUGAACGCAAUUACAAAACAAAUCUGUGAAAUUUCCCUAUUCUACGAUCACUGCGAUAACAUGCACCAGCUUUCCAUCUUUUACCUUUGUAAGGUAAGAGCCAGCAUAUGUCUCGCCAGUGACAACAUGAUGAUAAUUCUGAUACAAAUGAUAUUUGACUGAAAAUGUACAUUAAUUGAAUGACCUAGUUUUACAAUGGGAUUUGUCAGAUAAAUAAAAAAAUAAUAAAAAAAGGUUAAUUUAAAAUACAAUUUAGAGCAUAUACAGCAACAGAGGUUUUUAUUUCAAAAUAAUUUAUUUGCAUAUAAUUGGAAUGAAGCCAGGUUGAUACAUCUGUUGUGGCACAUAGUUUCAUAUAGAUAUCGUUUCUAUACAGAAAGCAUGUCUUGUUUUUCAAAACCUGGACAAAAAUGGAUAAAUAUAUUAGUAAAUAAAUAUAUUAGUGACAUAUCACCAUAUUGAAAUGUUCUAUUAUAUAUAAAAUACAACACUUUAUUUCAUUUCUGUUUUUGUCUUUCUCUUUUUAUACUCAAAGUAUCCAAAAUAUACUGAUAGAUCCCUUCCGUUUCUAUAGGGAUUGUGUUCUAAUAGAAAAAAGGCAGUUUCAGCUCAUUAUGCAUUCGAAAAACAAAACAAUGAACACGAAGAGAAAAUGACCCUGAAAUGGCUAAUAAAAUCGCCCCCAAAAUGUUUCAGGGAUGUUUCAUAGAUUUUUAAGUGUUAUAUUUCCUUGUACUGGUCAUUGGCGUAGUUAUAAUGCUUUGUUUACUUUUCAUUGAGUUUUUCCUGUUAAAUCUAUUUUUAAAAAAAAAUAGUUUAGAAGCCAAAGUGCUGGUUGGUUGUGAUUGAGUCAUUUUCAGCACAGACUAGGGUACUGUAGCCAGGAAUGCAGAAAGAUUUCACAAUGUUUUACUGUUGUUUUAAAGGGAAACAUUUGUGGGAGCAGUGUUCGGUCUGGUUUAACCAGGCUAUAGGGGACUGUUCUCUACACAGUGUUCGGUCUGGUUUAACCAGGCUAUAGGGGACUGUUCUCUACACAGUGUUCGGUCUGGUUUAACCAGGCUAUAGGGGACUGUUCUCUACA